UGUAUUUCGAAAUCAACAAUGAAUCAGCAUGUUUGCUUAAAUUGUUCUUUCAGAUUAUGAUUUAUAGUCUUGUUUUUUUAUGAAAAAAAUUAUUGCUAAUUAAACUCUCUAUCAUCUAUGCUCACAUAACAUAACCAAUCGUUAUAAACUUAUUAAAACGAGGCACUGUGAUGGAGGGUGACUGUUAACAUAUUCUCGUACGGAAACUUCUAGGCUACUUGUUAUUCUAGAAAGAUUUUUUCUCUGCGUAUAUAUAAGUUGAAGUAAUGGGUACCUUUAAUGUAUCAGGAAAAACCUACAGAACUAAAAGUUCUGAAUUAAACAGGAGAAUAUACGAUUAAAAGUUUUCAUAAACUUACCACAAGGUAAUUUUUUGACCACAUGGCGACACGGCCGGAAUGCCCACUUGAAGAUACAAGCGAACCAGUGACAUAUCAGAAAACCACUUUGUGUCCAUUCCAUCAUAAAAUACACGAACCAUUACCCGAGAGUCAAAGUAUCAAAAGUACUCCUUGGCAAAGACACGGAUUUGAUGACGUUUUUAGGUCAUCUUUUACAUCAAAACUGCUUCGAGACAUUGGCGGGGGAGAUAAAAUUCGACAAAUGACAACUCGAUUCUAUGCUCACGCCCACGAAGACGACACAUUAUCGAAGUUUAUGUUUGAAAAUGACGGUCCAGCUAACCAUGGCCAACGUUUAGGGGAUUGGCUUAUCGAGAAAAUGGGAGGUGAGGGAGACGUAUGGAUUGAAUCAGGAAGGUACGGGAUGAGAGCGGUUUCCCAUAAAAAGGCAUGGACGUGUGAUAAGCGCGAACCUGAAAAAGUGGGUCAGCGGUUUAAGUUAGACGACUCGCGUAUAUGGAUGCGCCUGAUGUUUUGGUCUGCAAGAGAGGUUGGUCUCGAUAAACAUAAAGCCUUCUUUAAAUGGUUUGUGAAUUUCAUAACAUUCGCUAUUGGUAUCUACACGCGUUCAGCUCCAGCAUAUGCUAAAGAAGAUUCGAAAUGGUCAAAGAAUCAAGCGAAUAUUGAUAAAUAUAUCGAACAUGGUAAAAUAAUGAAGGAUGUAGUUGGAAUGAGGGAUCCGUAAAAUAUCGAUCAUUAAGAAUCACAUUCAUAUAUGGAGGAUUAAUUAGUAAGAACAUAACUUCUUGCUUGACAACACGACCGGCGGAAAACAAAAAUGUCGCAACAGAACUGAUUUUGGUCAUAACGUCAACAAGACCGCUCUGGUGGCAACUAACAAGAAUUUAUGUUUCUCAAGGGCUACAAAAUGAACAGACACGUGUACAAAAUACUUGACUUGAAAUUCAAAACAUAAAUACAACGUAUGAAAAAUGCAUCUAAUAAUACAAUUCACUAUAAAUAUACACUUAAAUAUUGUCAUUUUUUGUACAUUAAAAGAUGAAGUUAUGUACUAAUUACUAUGAAAGAACGAAACAGUAACGCUGGCACACAGACAAACUCACUUAAAACGUCGCUCUGAUAGCGCAAAAAGAUUCGAAACUUUCAAGAACUUGUAUCACACAAUUUCUUUCGUAUAAACGACAGACUUAUGAGCACGGAAAUAUAUCUCUACAGAGCAGAUCCGUAUUUGACACAAGAAAUAGAAUGAUGCAUCCCGGUUGUUCAAGCCAACAUCAUUUCACGAGAGAUACACCACACAUACAAACUUUAUGACAUGCGAAGCUAUUCAUGUUUAGGUUUAAAAUCACAAAAAUCCAUCUUGGAAAUUCAAAAGUAUAGCAGACGAGUUGGCGCAGUUCUUUUCUUUUCAGAAUGCACCUGUAUAUCAGUAUGAUUAUCACACAUUGUACGGAAUAAAAGCAUGUAAAUCAUGAGUAUUUUGUAGAAUAUAAUCUCUCAGAUGGAGAGUUAUGCA